CAUGUAUUGAGUAAAGGGUUUAAAGAACUUGGCAGAUUUUGAUUUUUUGGGUUUUAGGAUCAAGGUAUGCAUCAAGCUUCGCCAAGACAUUCAUCCACCGGCAAAUUAUCUUCUUGAAAUGGCUUCCCUCUCCACCUGGUUCCGCUACAUCGCCCACAAGCUCGAGUACUCCGUCUCUCUCAGUUGGAAGAACUAUAAAGGAGGUCAAAUUACUGACAAAGAAGUAGGUGAUGCCGUUUGGAAGAAUUUACUUCAGGGAAAGCUCACAUACCUCCAUUGGAUUAAGGGAGAGGAGAUGGCCCCAACUGUAGGUGAGGCAGGGGGAACGCUUCUCAUACGCAAAUUACCUGCUGCAGAUCCAACGAGUGUUUUUGUUGGGGAUGUCGUGGUGGUGAAGGAGCCAGAAAAACCAGAAAACUAUCUUGUGAGAAGAUUGGUUGCAGUUGAAGGGUAUGAAAUGCUGUCUACAGAUGAAAAAGAUAAGCCUUUCAUGCUUGAGAAGGAUCAGUGCUGGUUGUUGGCAGAUAACGAGGAGUUGAAGCCGAAGGAGGCGUACGACAGUCGAACAUUUGGUCCAGUUACGAUGUCAGACAUUGUAGGCAGAGCCAUAUAUUGCCUACGAACAGCGGUCGACCAUGGCCCAGUGCAGAAUAGUGAUUUUAGCAUGAAAAAGGAUUCACCAAUAUUGGAAAUCGAACUGGAUGUGGAUGAGAUGGCGAAAAAUCACAAGGCCUGAAAGAGAGUUUUAUCUUGAUUUGGACUUUGUAUGUAAUCAAUCUCUUUUGCCAAUUUUUCCUUGCAGAUGAAACCCAAAAUUUUCAAUGGAUUUUGGGGAUAUUGAGUUGCAUGCUUACUAAAGCAUGAAAAUGGUCGAUAAACAUCCAUCAGAUUUUCCCUAUAUUCAGGUUUACUUCUGUCUUUCUGAAAAAAGCAAUAAGAUGAUUACUGAUCUACUUACCGGUUUGGUACUAAAA